UACAAGCUGACUGCCAAACCUGAAUUGCCAGCAGGGAAAGGGACUAAGCAACCGCUUUAAGUUUCAGCCUGUCUGUGGUGCAGGUUUUUCAAGUCACACACACACCUGCCUGUCACACACACACACACACACACACACUUACUCUCUCUCUCUCUUCCCUCUCUCUUACUCUCUCUCUCCCUCAUUCAUACACACUCACACACAUCUAGGGAUAAAGGUGCUGUCUGAGUUUCCUGCCUCUGUUGAUAUCUUCACUGAGGACCUUGACUUUCCAGAGAAGAUCUCCUGAGGGCCAGCUCUCUGUUUGAGUGAACAUGUCCACGGAAAAGGCUAUCAGAGAAGAUCAGGUGGAGAUUUUGGAGUACAACUUCACCAGAAUCAGCAAGAACCCUGACCGUGCCACCCUUGACCUCAUUGCUGCUGAGGCAGGGCUAUCAGUAGAAGAGGUUCUAGAAUGGUUCAAGAAGCGCCUGGGAGAGUGGAGGAAAUCGGAAGGGCUUCCUUCAGAAUCCAGGUCUGUCAGAGAUUGACUAAAGCCACCCCUUUUGGAGACAUCCCUGGAAAAUGGACAGCACCUCAGUUAUUGCUUUCUCUGUGGAAUGUUCCUGUCAAAAAUAUUUUUUUCUUAUUAUUUAACCUACUGCUUAUUUAAAAUGUAUAUACUAUAGGUGGAAAAUAAGUAUAUGAAAUUAUGCUGAUUGUAAUGUUGAUGUUUAUGAAACUUACCAGGAAAAGUCUACACACUGUGCCUAUUGCAAAUACAGUGAUAACUUAAU